AUGGCAAGUGGUACUGGAUGGGCGCAGCUGCGCCAGCAGAUUAGAGGCCUCGAGAGUCAGACUGAGACUCUUUUCCACACAUACUCCCAAUACGUUUCCGCCCCUAAUUUACCACCGAAGCCAUCUCCAGAGGAGCAGAGAAUCGAGUCGGAGAUUGAAGAGUUGUUGGAAAAGCGUGACAGUUUAAUAUCUCAACUUUCUCGAUUACUUGAUUCGGAGAGUGCACUUAGCACAUCGAGCCUGAAACAGAACAACCUGUCGCGACAUAGGGAGGUUUUGACCGAGCAUCGACAGGAGCUUCGCCGACUUAAGUCUUCCAUUUCCGAGGCACGAGACCGACAACAUCUCCUUGCCAAUGUACGGUCCGACAUUGAUGCUUUCAGAACGUCCAACCCAGCAGAAGCAGAGGCUGAGUAUAUGCUUCAAGAGCGAGGACGAUUAGAUCAGAGUCAUAAUGUGAUUGACGGUGUUUUGUCGCAAGCCUAUGCCAUCAAUGAGAAUUUCGGAAUUCAAAGGGAGACAAUCGCAAGUAUUAACCGUCGCAUCACAUCGGCGGCGGCACAGAUUCCCGGAGUCAACGGCCUCAUCUCCAGAAUCGGGACCAAGCGAAGGAGAGAUGGCAUCAUUUUGGGAAGCUUCAUUGCAUUCUGUUUCCUAAUGCUGCUCUACUUUAGCUGA